ACGCAUGCGCACUUGGUUCGAGAAUCACUCAAUAUGGCGGCCAAGUGCUACAGCCUGUUGUUGUAGUCGGUAGCAAACACUUAGCCCGCUAAUUAGCGACGAACAAACCCAUUAACGAACGAGUGGAUAGCCGUUAAUGAGACUUCGGACUCGUGUUUUAGCGGCAGUGUUGCGGUGUAAACGGAGACAGGCAGAAAAAUGAAUUACACGACGAAGGUUGUCCAGGUGACGAAUGUGUCGCCGAGCACAACGUCGGAGCAGAUGAGGACCCUGUUCGGGUUUCUGGGGACCAUCGAGGAGCUCAAGUUAUUCCCACCAGAUGAUUCUCCAAUGCCGGUGACGUCGCGGGUCUGCUUUGUGAAGUUCCAGGAGCCAGAGUCGGUCGGCGUGUCCCAACAUCUGACUAACACUGUGUUUGUGGACAGAGCCUUGAUCGUGGUACCAUUUGCUGAAGGAUCUAUUCCAGAUGAGGCUAAAGCUUUGUCACUGUUGGCGCCAGCAAAUGCUGUUGCAGGAAUUCUGCCAGGAGGAGGCCUUCUUCCAACGCCUAAUCCCAUCCCCAAUCCACCUCUUGGAGCGAACCCCUUCGGCGGUCCGAACAUGGAUGCAAUGGCAGCAUUCGGAUUCCCUGGACCCAAUAUGAAUCCCCAGGCUGCUGACCAGCUGUUAAAGUUCAUGACAGAUCCAAAACUGAAUCCCCUGGCUGCUGGCUUAAACCUGAAUCCAGGUCUGAAGGCUGACGCAUCCAAUAAAGAGAUUGAAGAGGCCAUGAAGAGAGUCAGAGAGGCCCAGUCGCUCAUUUCUGCUGCUAUUGAACCUGGACAUAAGGAGAGCAAAAAGAAGCGCUCUCGGUCCCGGUCCAGGUCCAGAAGAAGGCGGUCCAGAUCGCGUUCAAGACACAGGCGAACCAGGAGCAGAUCAAGGCGCCGGUCAAACUCGAGAAGCCGGAGGCGCUCCAAAAGCCCACGCAGGAGACGCACCCACUCCAGAGACAGAGGCAGGCGAUCUCGAAGCAGAUCCAGAGAGCGAAAGAAAGAUGAUUCUGGGAGAAGAAGAUCCAAAACGCCUCCCAAAAGCUACAGCACAGCCAGGAGGUCACGCAGUGUGAGCCGGAGACGCAGGAGAAGUCGCAGCAUCAGCCGAUCUCCCAAGAAGUCCCCCAAAAGGAGAAGCUCUCGAUCUCCGUCCCCUCGAAGACACAAGAAGGAAAAGAGGAGGGAUAAGGAAAGGGAACGCGAUCGCAGGAGUGACAAAGAGCGCGUCCGUGAUGAACGGGAGCGCUCCCCCAGCAAGAAAAAGAAAAGCAAAGACAAAGAACGGGAGCGUGAAAGGAAAUCGGAUGGAGAGAAGGGAGACGUUAAGAUCACGAGGGAUUACGACGAAGAAGAACAAGGCUACGACAGCGAGAAGGAGAGGAAGGAUUCAGACGACUCCGCUCUGUCUCCUCAGUCAGUGGAGGGCAACGGCACAGCGCGGCUCGCGAAGCACGCCAAAGUAAACGGCGCCGACGAUCACCACGAAGAGGACAUGGACGUCAGCGACUGAUUUGUCCGCCCGGCUCCGUCCCACACUAUCCCUCCGUUUUGGUUGUGAACAUGUUAUUACUUUUUCCCAAAUGGGGUAACUCUAAAAUGUGAAGUGUUUGAAAUGUAUAAGUUUAUCUCUCAGAAGAGAAGUUUUGCUCUUUUUGCAAAUGUAUACUGCAGAGUUGUUUGCCCGAGGAUACUCUCCUGGUUUGUCACAUCACUUUGAAUCUUCUUUUUCCUCUUUGCCACUACAGAUGUACUCUGACUGGAAGUAGGCUUGCUUUGGUUAUACGAGUUCUGUCUCUUCUUCACGUAUCGUGUCUUUUCAUUAUCGUUUUGUGUUGUGCUGUGAUGCUCAGGCCUCUCUGCCCACCUUCUCCAUACGGUUACUGCAUUUAGCUUCUUGUUAUCUUAAAGUGCUGAUUGUUUUAUCAAGGAUUUCUUUUAUAUAAUAAAGCCUAUUAGGAGAACUAC